AUGAUGAAGCUGCUGGCAUCAGUGGCGGUGCUAAUCCUGCUGCUGGCAUCGGAGGAGGCAGAAGCGCAGGAGAAUGUCCUCACCCGGGUGGCCCCGUCCAUGUUGGAGUGCUACGAAAGUGCAAAUAUCUUCGAGCGGGACAAUCGAUUACCGAUGACGAUGAACAUGCUGAUUGAACUGAUUCGGAAGGUUGAGGAUACGCCCAGUUUUCAGCAGGACAUUCGGCAGUUGGCCAUAAGCGUGCUGCACCGUUUCCGCCAGGAUGGGAUUGUGCGGGCGCCUGGUGUGCCCAACAUUUCCGGUGUCAUUCCGUUCAGCCCCAGCGAGUUCCAGUUUACGAAGCAUCGCGUUCUCUUCUCGCGCCUACUGCCCGGUAACGCGGUGAACUUCCCCAAUGCGACGCUGGGAAUCGAGGAGCGGUGUGCCCUUCAUUUUAUGUUGUCGAACUCGAUCGAUAGACGAGUGCGGGGCGAUGAGAACAUCCGGUGCUCGCAGCUCUCGCAGUACCGUGCGUCCCGAGUUCCGCGCGAGCUGGACAUGAACGAUCGCAGCAAGCUGCGCACGAACUACCUGGGAGAUAUCGAAAUGUUGGCCCAGCCCGAGAUGGAUCGCAUUCGGAAGCAGAUCAAGAAGAUCAAGAAACAGGCGUCAGCGGCCGCUCGUCUUGAGAUGGACCCGGACGAAGAACAGCAGGGCGCCAGUGCCGCGGACGAAGGCGGUGACCCGGCUGAAGAGGAGCCACCGGCACCCGAGGGCCGCGGGGUUGAUGACGGGGAAGGUGAGCCACUGGAAGAGGACGGUGGUACCGCCGGGGCGAUAAGCGACGUUGGGCUGAUCGAUAUCGCUUCGAACGCCAUCAGUCAGUGUCCGGUGGAGAAUGGAGUGGUCUACACGCCCUGGGGCUCGGUAAUGGCCGGUACUGUGCUGGCCGGGAUUGCGGCAGGACUUGAGCCUCAGACCGUUCAGUUGCGGGAUCUGAUGAGCCGCUCGGGUGACUACCGGAGCCGUCAACAGGCCCAACCGCUGCGGGUGGACAAUCGGUGGGCGUCCACUCUGGCCGGGGACCUGGCCGAGGUGUCGCUACUCCACGUGCCGGGUGAUGUGAACAAUGUCCGCAUCGGAGCCCCCGGAGCCUGGAACCAUUCCGUCGCAACGCGGUGGUACUUCCUCAGUCAGCGGGAACACCUGCAGAUGACGGACAGCGAAAUCCGGGCCGGGAUCGAUGGAUUGCUGCUGGCCACUAACAUCGCCGAGUGGCGCACCCGAGCCAACGGACUGCGGCUGAGCCAGGUGCUCGACAUGUACUACUCGCAGCGAGGAGUGUUCAACGACACGAUUCGAUCGUGCAAUCGGCGCAACCUGUUUACGACGGUGGCCCCGAUGGAGCAGCUCCGGGAUCAGACGGUCGCGUUCAGCACGGUGCUGGAAAAAGAAAUGCAAAUGGCAUUUACCGUUCAGCAGGCAGCGGUCGAGAUGUUCUCCAGACAGGCUACCGAUGCUCUGGCCAACUAUAUCCCCACGGCUCUAAACGACUUGUCCUGUGAAGCGACAGCAGUUGUGCCGAAUGAUCCAACCAUCUGGAGGACGGCAUCCGAUUUGUACAUCUUUAUCGAUGCCUCGUGGUCCUAUCGCGACCUAUACUCGGUGGUCGGAUACAUCCUGGAUUCAGUCGAUGUCGGACGCUUCGGUACAACGUACACGGUUAUGAAUGCCCGAGACGGUAACAUCGUGGUGAAUACUACACAAUCGCUGGCAGAUUUUCACAUGAUCUACACCCCGGCACUGCAUGAGUCAUUGGGUGUUGGGUUCAACCUACCGAGCGUCUUCCGGCGGCUGCGUAACGAAACCAACAACCUGAUGAGUGCCGAACGGCGCAACAACAGUCUCAGCGGCCGGUCUAAGAUUGCACUGAGCAUCGUUAACCUGGAUCGCGUCAGCGAGGGCGAUACCAACUUCGCCGUGCAGCAUCUGCAGAUUUUCAGCGAAGAGGUACCGGACCUGCGCUUCAUCUACCUUGCCAACGGUGACCAGGGCCGCUUCAAUCGGUUCGUGCGUCACGAGCGGCGUGAUGUGUUCCCGUUGCGGGCGCUCGAGUCUGGCUCCGUCGUCGAUACGGUGCGCGUUCAGCUUAGCCCCGUGGUGCACCGGCUGCAGCAAGAACCGCGGCGAAUUGUGAGCCCGCGCUGUGGCCACGACUGGAUCCAGGAGAAUUGGGGUUCCAAUUCGAUGAAUCAAUUUGUCGAGCCACGCGGCAUCAACUUCUACCGGCUGCACCCGAACUACUUCUUCCGGCAGGGCAAUAACCGCCGCUUGCGCAUCCAGGGACACGGCUUCGCGCAACUCACAGUUUGUCAUUCGCGUUGGGUCGAGCUACCUAGACAAAACAGUACGGAACUUCGAGACUCGAUCGUGUGCCGCACCAUCAACACCGACGCGGUGGACGUGGACCUGUCGAACGCUUGCGAUGGCCAUUCGGUGAUCCACAGCUGCCCGCCCCUGUUCGUGUCCGUCGAGGGUCCGCAGGUUCCUCAGAGUGUCAUCCGGUGUGCCGAGCCCGAGUGUCGCUUCCCGGACAACGCACGGUUCGCAAUCGUCCUGGACAACAUGGGUUGCUUUAGCGGUGCCAGCCGGACGGUCAGUUCGCUGUUGAUGGCCGCACUGGCGGCGCUACUGAUCGUAUUUUUCAAGUAGCACAGCCACAGCAGAAGGUAGUAUUAAAUAGUGUUUUAAGAACCGAAGCGCACCGCACGUUUCAGACAACCAUUUCCCGGUAACGAUCGCUUUUCUCGUUAGGUUUCUGCCGUUCCUAUUCCAUUGCCAAGUGACAGACUACAGUAUAUCGCCUUAUAGCCCUACGAUGAGUUCUCCGAUGAUAAGCGUAGUUGAAUAAAGAUUUCAGUUAAGAUUUUCGGUAAGAAUU